AUGACCAAAGGCCGCGUGCUGACGACGCCGACACGGUUGCUGAAGCUGAUUCUGCCAAUGCCCUUUCACCCCGACCAAGAGUACAUCAACGCCAACGAACAACAAAGACGCGAGUGGAGCAAUGAGAAUGUCGAGCCGUUGGCGCUGCUGGUGCAUCCCCAGCAGCCACUAUCGUACCUGGAGCGGCUCAUCCAGGCAGAGGUUCCGCCGAUGCAGGUCGAGGGGGGCGAGAAGCUGCCUGAGAUUGUGUUCCGCGCCGAGGCCGACUACGACCAGGGUGAGGCAAAGGCGGACAGAAAACGCAAGGACCGGGACGAGCAGGGCCGUAACGUGGCCGCCUACUCGGGACUCGGGCGCGAGGGCCCUAGCAAGGACCGCGAGGCCAACUGGGUGCGAUGGAGCAGCAGCACCGAGGUGGGCGACUUCAUCCGGGACGCGGCGCGAGGGCGAGAGUUCGCCAUCGGGAUCGAGGGUCACGACAAGGAGCUGCGCGUCGCGGUGCCGAGCUUCCGGGACCGGACCUACUACAUGCGAAUGCGGCUGCGCAAGAUGUCGCGCGAGAUUGACGACAUGGCGCGGGUCAAGCGCGACUGCGACGAGCUGGCGCACAAAGGCGCACACCGGCUGGCCAAGGGCGGCUUCGCGGCGCUGGCGACGUGGUGGGGCAUCGUCUACUACGUCACCUUUCACACGGAGAUGGGUUGGGAUCUCGUGGAGCCCGUCACGUACCUGGCCGGGCUGACGACCAUCAUGGGGGGCUACCUGUGGUUCCUCUUCAUCAGCCGCGACCUCAGCUACAAGGCGGCCAUGAACGUGACAGUGUCGCGACGGCAGACGGCGCUCUACCAGGAGCGCGGUUUCGACCCGCAGAAGUGGGAGCAGAUUGUGCACGAGGCCAACCUGCUGCGGCGCGAGAUUCGCAUGGUGGCGACCGAGUACGACGUCGAGUGGGAUGAGAUGCGGGACCUGGGAGGCGAGGAGGUCAAGGAGGCGCUCGAGGAGGAGGAUGAGGGCCGCAAGAAGAAGUCGAAGCGGCAGCGAGAACGGCAGGAGGAGGAAGAGGAGGAGGUGGAGGAGCACGAGCAGCACGAGCAGCAGGUGAAGAAGGACACGACGGUCAAGGAGCCGGCGGGGAGGAAGAAGUAA